AUGAAACUCAAGUAUGUUUCUUCCAUUGCGGAGGACGUCAUCAAUAGAUGUGCACAGAAACUGGAUACUUCGGUAGAGACUUUGGUGGAAGAUUUUGAAGAGGAAUGGAAACCUGAUAUGGGAAACUAUUGCAGAAAAUUAGUUGAAUUUUGCAGUGGGAAGGCUGUGAGUGAAAUGUGCGGCAACAUGAAGGGAAACAUCAAGGAUGGCUCGUUUAGCAGGUUGACAUAUGACAUGAUGCUUGCCUGGGAGAGACCUAGCUACUAUGAUGAAGAACAUACGGAGACUAUAGCAAAGGCCAAAGAAGAAAGGAAGAUAACUAAGAAUACUAUUGAAGAACAGGAUGAUAUCCCUCUGUUUUAUUCAGACAUCAUGCCUCUCCUUGUUAAUGAUGAGCCCAAUGUUGGAGAAGAUUCAUUUGUUUGGCUGGGAUCAUUAGUACCAUUAGUUGCAGAUGUAGCAAAUGGAAGGUUUACUUUUGAAACUCUAACAGCAUCAACAGGCCACAGGCUACAUUUUCCAGCAUAUGACAAGUUCUUGAAAGAAAUGGACAAGUGCAUACGACAUCUGCAGAAACAGGCAAAACCAAAUGGGGUGGAACUGGCUGAGGAUGAAUAUAUAUUACAUGUAGAUGGAACAGUCGUCAGUCAGAGAGUAGUUCGCCACAUUGGAACAACAAGUUGGCCUGGUAGGCUUACCCUGACCAAUUACUCUCUUUACUUUGAGGCUUCCGGAGUAAUCAAGUAUGAAGAUGCUCUCAAGAUAGACCUCUCCAAGAAUGUUGAGCAGAGUGUUAAUCCUUCUGCCACAGGUCCAUGGGGAGCUCAACUUUAUGACAAAGCCAUAGUCUAUGAGUCAGCUGAUUUUCAUAUCCUGGUUCUGCCUAAGUUUGCUUGUACCACCUUAAUAUCAGAGACAAUUGUACUGGAGUUUCCAGAGCUUACAAGUUCCACAAGACGUGAUCAUUGGCUUGCGCUAGUAAGGGAAAUAAUGUUUCUCCACAAGUUUUUAUUGAAGUACCAGAUAAAAAGCCCAGUACAGAUAUGGGAGAUGCAUGCAAGGACAAUGUUGGGAAUCAUAAGGCUGCAUGCAGCAAGAGAAAUGCUAAGAAUAUCACCUCCUGUCCCAACAAAAUUCUUAAUAUUUUCCUUAUAUAACGAAAUACCAAAAGGAGAUUACGUGUUAGAAGAGCUUGCGGAUAGCCUCAAUAGCCUCAAUAAGAGCAAUAAUGAACAGUCUUGUAGUGCAAGUACUAUCCUUAGGAGUAUGAACAUUUCUAAGACAAUAGUUUCUGAUGUAAUAAUAGAUGAGGCAAGUCAAGCAGAUGGAAGUGUUCAUGUAGGCGGAAGUCCCUCAUUGAUCUCAUUCGAGACCUCAUUGGAGACCGCUAUCCAACAAUCUAGGGAGGAAGAAAAGGAAAUUCUCGUUGCUAAAGCUACCACUGAAGAAUUAAAGGAGGAGGGAGUCAUUGACAGUGUUCUGGUUAUAACGGCAUUUGCAACUUUCUUGAUUUGGGCAAUAAAAAAGAUGGUUCAGGCAAGGAAAAACAAGAUUUAUGAAAAAUGCAACGAGAUAGUAAUCAGCAGAUCUAAUAUGGCUUCUGAUCAGUCUACGAUGGAGAGCAUUGUCUCAGCCCAGCAAGGAUUGUACACUGUUCAUGAGAUGAUGCAGAUAGCAAACAUAGCAAUGCUAAAGAUAUGGUCAAUACUUAUUUCAAAAGCUGAGAAGCAUGCAAAUUUAGUGAUGUUGGCAAUGGGUGGGUUGGCGAUCUUAUUGGCUGUGAUUCCAUUCAAAUUCUUCCUUAUGGGUCUCAUUAUCCAAAGCUUCACUAUGACAUCAAGAAAGUCCUCUGAAUCAGGGAAUAGAAGGUUGAGGGAAUGGUGGGACGCAAUACCAAUCGUUCCUAUUCGUGUAGUAGACGAUGUUCCUAACACCGGUGGUGACAACCUUGCUUCUUAG